AAAAACAUUGUCAUCCAUGCGGACCAAGUUCCGCGCCAUGUUGUCCCGCUUUCAUCCUCUUCUCCCCAGACUUCUUGUUCCCAUUCUCGUCUCUUGCCCUGUUCCUCUUGCUUCCCAAAAUACCCGGUUUUCUUCCCACAAUACCCCUCCUCGGUCAUUCCCGAUUUCAGGUCCUCUCUCUUCCUGUUUUUCUGGCCUCCAAUGCCCUAGAGCUCGCUCUGGAGCUUCCUUUCCCGUUUGUUUGGCUCGUGGGUUCGCUUCUGAGAGAGCAAUGGAAGAGGGAUCGAUCUCUUAUAUCAAUCAGAGAGAUGCGGCGGAGAUAGAUGAGCUGCUCAUGGGACCUCUAGGGUUCAGUGUUGAUCAGUUGAUGGAAUUGGCUGGAUUGAGUGUGGCGGCUUCGAUUGCGGAGGUCUAUAAAUCUAGUGAGUACAAUCGAAUUCUCGUACUCUGUGGUCCAGGAAAUAAUGGCGGUGAUGGUUUGGUGGCUGCUCGCCAUUUGCAUCACUUUGGAUAUAAACUGUUUGUUUGUUAUCCAAAGCGCACACCCAAAGCUCUUUAUACUGGCCUAGUUACUCAGUUGGAAUCACUGUCAAUCCCAUUCUUGCCAGUUGAAGACCUGCCUCAGAAUUUAACAGAUGAUUUUGACCUUGUUGUGGACGCGAUGUUUGGAUUUUCAUUUCACGGUAAACCAAGGCCACCAUUUGAUGAUCUUAUUCAGCGGCUUGUUUCCUUGUCUAUUGCUGACAAUUCAUCCAAACGAAGAACUGCUGUAGUUUCUGUUGAUAUUCCCUCGGGGUGGCAUGUUGAAGAAGGAGAUACAGAUGGCAGUGGAUUUAAACCUGAAAUGCUGGUGUCAUUGACUGCUCCAAAGCUCUGUGCAAAGAAAUUUGUUGGGCCUCACCACUUCUUAGGAGGUAGAUUUGUGCCGCCAUCCAUUGUAGAGAAGUAUGGUCUUCAGCUUCCUCCUUACCCUGGCACCUCCAUGUGUGUCAGAAUUGGAAAGCCCCCAUCUGUUGAUAUAUCAGCAUUGAGAGAAAAUUAUAUAUCUCCUGAACUACUUGAGGAUCAGGUGAUGGCUAAUCCUACAGAUCAGUUCCUCAAGUGGUUUGAUGAAGCAGUUGCUGCUGGUUUGCUUGAGCCAAAUGCAAUGGCACUGUCAACUUCUGGGAAGGGAGGAAAGCUUUCAUCACGCAUGGUCUUGCUGAAAGGAGUAGAUAACGAUGGCUUCGUUUGGUAUACAAAUUAUGGAAGCCGAAAGGCACAUGAUCUGUCUGAAAAUCCACAUGCAGCACUUCUUUUCUUCUGGAACGAUCUUCAUAGGCAGGUAAGAAUAGAAGGGACUGUGCAGAAGGUUCCUCUUGAUGAAUCUGAAAAGUACUUCCACAGUCGACCUCGAGGAAGCCAACUUGGAGCAAUUGUCAGCAAGCAGAGUUCUGUUAUAGCUGGAAGGGAAGUUCUCUACCAAGCAUACAAGGAACUAGAAGAAAAAUAUCCUGAUGGGAGCUUGAUUCCUAAACCAGACUACUGGGGAGGCUACCGGCUUACACCAAAUCGUUUUGAAUUUUGGCAAGGGCAACCCUCUCGCCUUCAUGAUCGGUUGGCCAAACUCUCCUCUCUAUGAGCUCUCUAUUACUUGGUACAGUACUGUCUCAAAGAGAUCGACGGAAAGCAAGUUUGGCUGAUCGAAAGGUUGGCCCCAUGACGAGCAUCCCCAUUGUCUACUCUGUUGCGACAAACAAUUCCAUCGAUGAGUCACUCAAAUACAUUAUAUAAAAAUAAUAAUAACGCGGUAAAGAACAAAAGGUUAUUAAGCUUGUAUUUUAUGAACCUGGUAUACUUUCAUCCAUGUGGCAAAUGGACCUCCAUUUGCACAACAUCCACCAUGGUCCCAAAAUGCAGGCUUUCUUUCUAUUACUUUAUUUUAUUGCCUGAAUGUUGGUUAGGUCUGGGAUCUGUUGUUUUUAAUAGUUUGGCAAGUUGAGUGGGGGCCAAAAUGACUCAUUGCAUACUUUAUAGGACUCUUUCAACUGGACAGGAGAUGGUUUUAAAUUUGUUAUAAAUUCCAAUGAAUAGUGUUAUCAAGUUAGCAACAAGAGGGGGUUGAUUGCAAACAGGUACAACUUGCCAAUGUUUUUUAGGUGUGUGGUCAGUCAAGCACAUGCUAUGCAUUUGGUGAUGGAGAAUGUAAUCUCAUGAGUUUCUCUCAAUUGUUAUCAUGUCUGAUGAUUUGACUGGAAUGAAUGAAUGGGUCUAAUUUUUUCA